CCUGGCGGUGCAGGAAGGUCUUGCCCGCGGGACCGGGGUGAUUAUGAGUUAAGGGCAGACACACAGGGUGUGAGAGGAUUGCGGUGCACGUGACGUGUCUCUAGUUGCUGUUAAUGUGCGUAUCACAACGAUGGAAUGGGGGCUUUUUUUCCAGCAUCUUUUCCAGCUUGUUUGGAACACGAGAAAUGAGAAUUUUGAUUCUUGGUCUGGACGGAGCAGGAAAGACAACAAUCCUUUACCGGUUACAAGUAGGAGAAGUCGUUACUACUAUACCAACUAUCGGUUUUAAUGUUGAAACAGUAACUUAUAAGAAUCUCAAAUUCCAAGUUUGGGACUUAGGAGGACAAACAAGUAUCAGACCUUACUGGAGAUGCUACUAUUCCAAUACCGAUGCUGUAAUCUAUGUAGUAGACAGCUGUGACAGAGACAGAAUAGGAAUAUCCAAAUCGGAGCUGGUGGCCAUGUUAGAGGAGGAAGAAUUGAAGAAAGCAAUUUUAAUAGUGUUUGCAAACAAACAAGAUAUGGAACAGGCCAUGACUCCCACAGAAGUUGCAAAUUCACUUGGCUUACCAGCUCUGAAGGAUCGCAAGUGGCAGAUUUUCAAAACAUCAGCUACAAAAGGCACUGGACUUGAUGAAGCUAUGGAAUGGUUGGUGGAAUCCCUGAAGAGUAGGCAGUAAUUCACACUAUGACCUUGCUCUCCAUCACUCCAGAAGAAGACUGUGGCUGGAUGUACAUAGAAUAGAAAACAACACAACAAAGAAAGUGCUCAUUGAUGAAAAUAUAGUUAUUGGAAAAGGAUAUUGACUCUAAAGGCACAUGUCUAUAGCAAUGCACUGUACCCAGUUCUUUGUGCUUGCUCUGUGUAGGGAAGUUUCACUUUAUUUAUACAACAUUUUUGUAAUGAAUAUGAAAACUCUGAGAAUGCACAGUUAGGUGUUAGAUCAUCAAAUUUUCCCUUAUGGCUGAAAGUGUUUAUUUUUAAUUGUAACUAAUAAAAACCUUUUCAGCUAUUUGGGUUUUUUUUUUUAUAUAUAUUUUUUGUGGGACAGAGGACCUGUGAUUGAUUGAUUCAGUUCCAUAGGUGCAGCCUUAUAGAAUAUAUAAUUGUACUUUUUUCUAAAGGAAUUAAUAUAAACCCCCUUUCGUAAAUAAACUGUCAUUAAGCAUUUGUAUAAAUGACUGCUUCUAUAGAAUUCUCUCUCAUCCUAUGGGUGUGUGCACUGUAUUGACAAUAGAAGCUCCUGGGGGGCCCAUGAGCUUCUAUUGAAUUCUAUUUCUAAAUCUAUUUCUGAAUAUUCCAUCUGCGACAGGUACAAUCAUUAUUGGUACGUAAGUUCUGUUGCACUGUGGGUCCCCUGUGCGGUGUCACCCAGCUGUAUAGAAGGUACUUAUAAUAAUGCCUGUUUCUGACAGUAUGUGACCAAAAGAAAAUGGAUUUCUGGAUCUUUAACCACUGCAAAACUUUUCUUCAGAAUAGCUGUAAGAAGCCUGACACAUAUCUGUAAUAAAAUAUGGAAAAA